AUGUUGAAAAAUGGCAAUAUACUUUUAUAAUAAGUUAAAAAAAAUUUAGGUGACUAAAUUUUUGAGGAGCAAGAAGAUGACAAAGAAAUGAUUUUUUCUCUUAAAAAUGAAUCAAAAACAAUAGAUCAGGAAUCCAAAAAACUAGAAAAAGCUGAUAAUCUGGAUUAAAAUAAUAAUAUUCUCAGCAAUAAUGAUAAUAAAUAAGAUAUCCAUAUAGAUAUCAAUUAAAAUAAAAGCUCUUUUAUAAUUGAUAAUUAUAAUUAAGAAGAAAAUGAGGGAUAAAUGGAAUAAGCUUAUCUUUAAAAGAAGAACACUCUAGUUUUAAACGUAGUGAUGCCAAAAGUGGAGGUUUUUUAGAAAGUAGAAAUUAAUUUAGAAGAAUAAGGUAAAAAUAAUUCAGUUAAUGUUGAAGAAUGUAAAGAAAAACUUAAAUUCAUGCAUAUGUGUCAUUAAUUAGAAAAUAAAUAGCUUGUUCCAUACACAACUUGUCAAUCACUUUGUUCAACAUAUGUUGGAUUUAGUUGUUGCUUUAUUAUAUCUAAAAAGAAAUCAGAUCUUGAUUAGCAAGGAAUUGCCAUCACUGCAAUAAAUAGUAAUAUGACUAAACUUGAAAGUUACAGUAGUUACCUUGCAUAUACAUUUGUAGGAACUUGGGGAUAUGAUGUUUGGUCUUGCUUGAUGGGAAAUUAUCAGGAUUUAAAACAAUUAAAAGACAAUUAUAUAAUUUGUUAAACUGGAACAUUAGAUGUAAAUUUUUAUAGAGUUGGAUUAGUAUAACCAUCAAACAGCACAAAUUAUUAUGGUUGCUAAUUCACUUAAUUUGAAAAUAUUAUACCUAAAUGUAAUAGUGAUCCUUAUUAGUAUUUAAGUGAAAAAUGCUAAAACUAGCCUUAGUGCAAUAUUGACUAUAAUGAGUUUAUUCAAACAGCAUUUUAAAAAACAGAUGAAUGUACAGAAAUGCUAAAAACUUUUUAGAUUUUUAUUUCCUUACCUUGCAGAAAUUCUUAUAUGAAUAUUGGAUCUCUUUAGAUUUCUAAAUUUAGCUUAUCAAUAUUCAUAGUUAUGGUUGACACUGUUAUAUUUUUUAUAUUUUUAAUAGCUGUUUAUUCUAUGAAAAAAAGCAACAAAAAAAUCUCUGAUUAAAUUACAAUAAAUAACUGCAUGGCUGAGAAUUUUACUAUUUUAAUAAAAAAUUUACCUGAUAUAUAAUAAGAUUAGCUAGUAUCUAAGUUAUGGGAGCAUCUCUAAAAUUAUCUUGAUUAUAAGAGUAAGCAAAAAAAUUAGGAUUAAAUUAAAAUAAUUGACAUAAAAUUGGGUUUGAAAUUCACUCAGAUAAAAUAUUAAAAGAAAAUUUGCAAGCUAUCAAAGCAUAUUGAAAAGCAUAUCUUUAAGUUUGUGAAAAAAUAUGACAAAGAAAAUUGCAAAUUGAAGUUUGAAUAGAAUGUAACAAUUAACCAUUUGAGAGCCAUUUACGAAUUGAUAGAAGAUCUUAAAUUAAAAUCGAAGGCGAAUAUAGAUUUAUAAAAAAUAAUUAAACUAAAGGCUGAUAUUUAGGAAUUGAAAAUGAAAGACUUUGAUAUGUCUUAAUAAAAAAAUGGUAUUAAUUUUGCUUGGGUAACUUUUGAAACAAUGGAUUAGAAGCAGAGAGCUUUUAGGUUUUUGUCUCGCUCAAUUAUUACUGUUUAUUUUUACAAAAUUUAUUAUGCUAUCAGAAAUUUAUUUAGUAAAAAUUAAGAUUUUAAUAGUCAUAAAAUUCACUUUUGCUAAAAAGUACUUGUAAUUGAAAAGACUGUAACUCCUGAUAGCAUUAAUUGGAAAAAUUUAUAUUACUCAUUUACAAAUAGAUUUUUUAGACAACUUUUUUCAUUUAUUGUGUCAAUAAUUAUUUUAGUGGGAUCUUUUGUUGCAAUAGGGAUUAUAAAAUCACUACCUAAAUUUUUAACAAUUUAAUAUCCAUCAGUUAAUUGUAACACAUCAUAGUUUUAAGCAAUAACAAAAGAGGAUAUUGAACAUAUUUCUUAAGAUACAUCAGAUUAUGACAGAUUAGUUUUAAUAGAGUGUUUUUGUUGGUUAAAAAACUAUUAAUAUCAUUUACAAUCCAGUUUGUACUCUAUCUGUAAUGAUUGGUAUCAAAACUAUUUAUCAAAACUUUUCCUUCCUAUUGGAAUCGUUAUUGUACUCUUCAUAGUUAACUUUGUUAUACAAAAAAUACUUUCUAAAUUAUCUAAGUUUGAGAAGGAAAAGUUUUUAAAUAACUAGAUGAACUCAACAAUAAAUAAGAUCUUUCUUGUCUCUUUCAUAAACACAGCCCUUAUUGUAUUUUUAACCAAUAUGAAUUACAAUUCUAACAACUCUAAUACUAAUUAUGAUAAUUUCAUGUAAAAAGUAUUUGCCUCAGGUCAGUACUAUGCUUUUAAUCCUGAAUGGUAUAGAAAUGUAGGUAUUAUAUUUUCGAUCAGCUUACUUUCUAAAGCACUCAGUAAUCCAUUAGGGAAAAUUUUUUUCUAUUACUAUAAAAGAGUUGUAUACUUUUUUGAUUAAAGCUGCACAUGCGAUUAAAAUAAAACUAAAUGCAAAAAUAAUAAAGAAUGGCUUAAGUUGAGGUAAGGUCCUAAAUUUAAUAUAUAAUACAGAUAUGCUUAACACUUAGUAGUUCUAUUCUUUAUGAUGACGUUCGGAAAUGGAAUGCCUUUAAUUUAUUUUGCAUCCCUAUUUUACUUUAUAUUUUCAUUCUAUUCUGAUAAAUUUUUAGUUGGAUUGGAUUUAGCUAUUAAUUUUUCAAACCCAUUUUUAGCUCCUAUCUCUAUUGGAAGUGCAGCUAUCGUUUUUAUAUAUACUUUAAAGAUAACUCUAAAGCCUUUAGAAAUUUAUAAAGUAUUUUGCAAAAAACGUAAUUCAGAAUCUGAAAAAAAGAGUAUAAUUAAAUUAAACAAAUUUUAUGAAUUUAUGGUAAAAGAAUAAAUUUAAACAGAGAUUUAAUUAAUAGAAUAUUCAUUUUAUUACAACUAACCUGAUACUUACUUGAAAUAAAGGCUAAUAGAGAAAAAAGACAUUUUGUAAAAUUAUCUUAAUUAGAUAGACUAACAUCCUCCUCUACUCACAUUUUUAGGAAAUUACUCUUAUGAUUAUAAAAUAAAUGAAACUUUUCAAGGAAAGCUUAGAUGGGAAAAAGAUUUAAAAAUAUGGAAGCUUGAGUAAACUUAAUCUUUGAUUUAACUAAUUAAUUCAUCUGACUACAAGAAAGACAGUUCUCUAUAAACUAAGUCUAACUAAAAUAAUAAUGCAGCAGGUAGUUAGGAAAGCUAAAAUAAAUAAUUUAUAAAGUAGUAAACGUUUAGCAGAUGGUAAAAUAAUGAUAUUAAAAAGCAAGAGACAUAAGAUAUAUAGUUUUAUAAUAAGAGCUUAAAAACUUAGUAUACUAGUAUGAGAAAAACUUUAAAGAGUUCAAAAACAGAUAAACUAAUCCUAAGAAGUACAUUCAAUCAGACUCUCUAAAAUACUACAAAAAUUGAAAACUUAAGUGUACCUAUUCACUCUAAAAAUGAACUUAGUGCUUUCUAAACAAACGAUAAUUUGAACCAUAUAAAAGAAUCAAAUUAAAUAAUAGUUAGUAGUCCUGUAUCCAAAGAAAUAUUUUAAUUCCAAGGUGAAAAAGGGUAUCAAGGAGUAAAUAGUCAAAACAAAUAAAAUCCAUUUUUAAAAUUUAGUUAAUAAUAUGAUGAUAUUGUUCUAUAUAAUGUAUUACCUAAUUAAGAAGAAUUAAAAAUAGAAACAGAUUUAUAAACUAUUUCUGAAAAAGAAAAUAGGCAGAUAAUCCAUAUCUCCAAAGAAGUGCUAUCUGAAAUAAAGUCAGUUGAUAAUUACUAAGAAUAAUCUAAAUUUCUAUUUGAUGUAGAUUCUAUAGAUGGAAAAAUCUAAAGAUUACCAAGUUAAGUUCUCAGCAUUAAAUUAUGA